AUGCUGAACUAUUUUAACAAACAUGAAAAACUUUUUAAAGAAUUUGGGCUUCAGCAUUCAGAACUAGGAAUAAACAGAUUUAUUCGUGAACUAUUUUUUUUGGAUUUGGAAAACCAUCAGAACUCGUCGUUUGACGUUUGGUGUCAUUGGCUAUCCAGAAAAACUACACACCCCGAGCUUUUUGAAGUAGCUACUUUGCUUCUGGCUGUUCCGUCAAACCAAGUUUCAGUGGAGCGGGCUUUUAGUGCUCUAGCUUUAAUUCUUUCGGACAAAAGAACCAAGAUGAAUGAUGAAAAUCUAGAAAAUAUUUUAUUAAUUAAGUUAAAUAGGAAGUUGUUUGAAAAGAUUCUCCCAAAUCUUUACAAAUGGAACGAGGGAGAUCUGUAG